AUGCCUAAAAAGGGGAAAAAGGGAGGCAAGAAGAAGGGAAAAAGUGCCUCUGGGAAACAUGAUUCAGACAAAGUUGAAGGUUUGGAGGCUGAUGCAGGUACCAUGAUGGAUAUCACUGAUGCAGAGGGCAAACUCAAACCUGGCAGUUCAGCAGACGGGAAAGGAGGAAAAAAGAAGAAAAAGGGAAAAAAGAAAAAGAUUUCUACUGCAGACAAAGCUUUGGAGAAAUUAGAAAAGGCAGCUGAUAAAUUAAAAGCAAAUAAAAUUUUCUUCAUUCCGUUUGUAAAUCGUAUGGAUCGGUGGCUGGCUGCUAAUUCUCAACUGGCUGUGGAGCUUUUUAAGAAAUGUGAUCAGGAAGAUGAAGGAUAUAUCAAUUAUGAUGAUUUUAAAUCAGGGAUGUUCGAUCUUGGCGUUAUCUGUAACAGGACAGAGUUACAUUUACUGGCAAAGUUGAUGGACAGGGAAAACAGUGGUGAUAUUGACUAUUAUGACAUUCCCAAAGGUCUGCAGUAUGUAAGAGAACUGGAGGAGAUGGACAAAGAGGCAGAAGAGGCGGAAAAUAUUCUCAUCAAAACAGAACGCAACAUGGAUCACUGUAAAAAGUGUAAGAUGGGUAUCAAUGGACCUAGCAUGAUAAAAAAUCCCAGAUAUUUGUUACUUGAGCUGGUGUUUGUGACAUUCCAUGCUAAUGCUGACCACCCUUGGCAUUUGGAAGAGUUAGUCCAUACACACAUACCAGUGUGUGGUCUCUUACAACUCAUAGCAGAGCUCACAGGCAUCCAGUCCACCAAACUGUCCCUCUUCAGUGACAAGUCUCGUAAUCGUGAGGCCAUGUUACCUCCUGAUAUGACCCUUAAGGAGCUAGGAUAUGAAGGGGCAUCUCAGAAUGAACCUGAGGAAACAACUCUAUAUUAUGAUUACAAGGUUGAAUUCACAGACUGUCCCGUACUUCUGUGUGAUCAUUAUUUUGGAGAGGAAAUUAAAUUAGGUCAGCGCUACAGACCACCUGCUGAAAAAUCUGCCAAAAUUAAGAAAUGA